AGUGAAGAUGGAAGUGGAGGAGUUGUGCAUUCUGUCCACCAUCCCUCUGUGGCUGUGCAGCCUGGGUUGUGAUGCUGACUGACACUGUGCAGUCACUCACCUUCUUUUGUCUCUUGGAUAUUGGUACUGUUAUCACUAAGGUGUCACUCUUGGGUGCAUUUGUCAGAAUGUCUUGGAAAUUACUGCAGAAUUUGAGUAGGAGUAGAAUAAGUCUGCCCCUGCUGGUCAGUGGCUUGCCACAAGGAACUAUUUAAAUGUGGCCAGAUCAUAGACCAAGUGUAAUUCUGUGCUGGGAGUUUUAUGCUGUUCUGUCAUCCUGGCUUAUCCGUGUGUAACUGCCAGUGCACAGUCUGUGAUUUUUGAUGUGGCAGACUGAUGGCAGUUCAGCAUGCUCUGCAUUAUGUAUGCAAUACACUCUGGAAACAUUGCCUUUUGUAAUGGAUACGGGGAAUAUUCACACCUUUUAACAUUUUCUGUGGCCCCAGCUGUGUGAGAUAGAAUUAUUGGCUACUUGUGGAUUUCUAUUGAUCUUUAUUUCCAAAGAUACAGAUUUAUUGGCUUUCCAUCCCAGUCAGUGUUGACUCUCUUCCUGGAACUGCAGACUUUUAAACUUAAUUUAGCUAACGUAGAUAUUUACAUUGUUCACUGAAAUGCUGCAGCUCAUUAACUAGUUUUUUUCUGUAGUUAUCUUGAUGCCAGCUUAAUUAACAGACUUUGAGAAGAAACAUACUGUUCCUAAUUUUUAAUGCGUUCAUUUUCUUGAACUUCAUUGUGUGUGUGCAUGAUAAAAUUAGUAAGCAGACAGCACUUGUUCUUUGUUACUACUUGAUGACAAUCAUAGUGAUAUGCUACUUUCGAUGGAAAAGAGCAAACUGGACCUGUUUGCAGCUUUCCCUGCUGCUUUCAGCUGGCUUCUGGGUGCAAAACGCUCCUGGUUAUUGAUACCAAGUUGGAAUCAAAGUGACCAAAGGAAUUUUUUCUCUUGCUUGUUCCCCUAUAUGUCCCCUUCUGACUUCUGUUGGCCUUUUUUUUUCCUUUUUUUAAAUACUGAUACAUUGUUACUUCAUGACUGAUCUCUGGGGGUUCCACAGCAUGAGCUGUUACUGUUCUUGAAAAUAAAAUUUUGUGCUUUUUCUUUUUUUAUAAUUCCUUUAGUAUGUCGCUUUAUAUAAUUUCUAACGUUGAGUCUUCACCUGUAAAUAUUGGUGAAAAGACAGAAAUAGCUGCUAUUUCAUUAAGAUAUUUUGAUAGAAAAGCAGUCUUUCAUACAAACCUAAAAUGUGCUUCAAAUAGCACUAGCAAUUAUGUUAAAUUAUCUUUUUCUAGAUGAGACUCACAGUUUUACAUUAGGCUUUUGCCAUUUUAUUUACAUGAGUAAAGUUUACACGGAAUGUCUUUCUCUUAUUCCUUAGAAUAGUCUAGCUGGCCAAGUCUUUAUGGCAUAUUUAUCAACUUCUGCAAAAGUGAGAGGAGAGGAAGGGAAAGCUGAUAGGAGACUGGUUAUUUUUAUGCACUUACAAAUCCUUGUGUCUGUAUUUAUAGGUGAAAAACCAUUUGAAUGUCCAAACUGCCAUGAACGUUUCGCUAGGAAUAGCACACUCAAAUGUCACUUGACGGCCUGUCAGUCUGGAGCUGGAGCUAAAAAGGGAAGGAAGAAGCUGUAUGAAUGUCAGGUUUGUAACAGUGUGUUUAACAGCUGGGAUCAGUUUAAAGAUCACUUGGUAAUCCACACUGGCGACAAACCCAACCACUGUACUUUAUGUGAUUUGUGGUUUAUGCAAGGCAGUGAGCUGAGAAGGCAUCUAAAAGACACGCAUAAUAUUUCAGAACGACUAGUGACAGAAGAGGUUCUUCCAGUGGAAGCUAUGGAAGGUGAACCAGUAACAUCAAUGACUAUAAUAGAACAAGUGGAGCAAGUUCAUGUCCUGCCAGUAAUUCAGGUACAAGUGGAUCCUGCACAGGUAACUGUGGAACAGAUGCAUCAGGAUCUCAUACAGGACAAUCAAGUGAAAGGCACACAGAUGGAUGAACUGCAAGAACAGGUACAAAUUAGUUACCUGGAAGUGGAGCACAUUCAAACUGAACAAGGUGCUGAAGUUCACGUGGAGCAGUUGCAUGUUGAGCAUGUUAAUCAAAUACAGAUGGAAGAAGUACAGGCAGAACUUAUUGGUGGCACUGACCUUGAACAAGUAGAAUAUGAGAGUGUUAACCGAGGAGAUCCAGGAGAAAAGGAACCUAUUUGCAUAGAUGAUGCAGGUAAGGAAGUUCAUGAACAGGCUGAAGACUUAAAAACUCAACAGUUAGUGGAUAUAAAGAAUGAAAAAGUGGACAACUAGGACAAUUAAUCACACUGUGCAGGUUUAGGAUUAAAAUACCAAAUUUUUUUUUUGUUAACUUUUAUGUUGAUUUUUGAACUGUCAGUGGUCGUCUUUUAAAUAUGCUGUCCUUUGGAAGCUGAACAAGUGGACCAAAGUUAGCUUUCUUCAUGUACAACUGAAUUUCUGUCAUACAUUAAAAAUAAAUGUCAUUCACGUAAUACCACAGAACAGAAACUACCACAGAAAUGGGCAGCUUUACAAAAAUUUUAAUAUGAAUAGCUUGUAUUACUGUUAUACCAUCGCUGGUUAUAUGUAGGAAUAACUUUACUUCUUUUCUUAUUGGCGUAGAAACAAACUGUUGUUAUAGAUUUGCAGGGUGUCUGUGACAGAAUAAUUAGUAAAAUCUGGUGGCUUCUCAUAUAAACGAUCCAUCGGGUACCCGUGAAUUUUCUGGGCAGACUGCUUGCCAUCCACCUGCAGUGCUGAAUCUAGCAGCAGUUUCUUUAUAUCAAGCUGGAACUUCUGAACUUUCAUUCUGGGCGAAAACCAUUUUUGCUUGAGAUCUCAGAGCACAAAAAUUCUGUGCCUUUUCAACACUGACUGGUGGAAUUGCCACAAAGCUCCUGAAGUGUUCAGGAACCUAGUUCAGUAAAAGGCAAUGUAGGUAAUGUUAUAGCGCUUUAUAUUUUUGCUUGAAAUUGUCAUCUACUGAUUUUUUUGCAUUAAACUUACUAUGAGGAGUGUUGGGGGAAGAACCAAAUAACAUGGGGAUAAUAGAACACUCUAAAAGGGACACAUUAAAACAGGAAAAGCUCUUUAGAGACUGUUAAACAUGAGCUGGAGGAAAUCUAUCAGUAGACUUUCCUUUUAUAAAUAUUCAUUUUUGAAAGUGAAUAUGUUUAAACAAAUACAGAGAAGACUUGUCUAUAUGGUAUCGGAUUCUUGGUUGCUUGUUUUUUUCAAAUUGAAGUUCUGACACUUGACACAAAGACAUUGUGCUAAAAAUAAAAAUAAAAAGCCAUAGGUAUGAGUGCUAAACUGGGGAUUGAAAAGGAGAAGUAUAAGCAUUUUACUUAAUAUUACACAAUAAAACAAUACCAACCAUGAAAUGUUGCACUAUUUAUCUCAUCUGCUAAAGCAGGAACAGUGGAGUGACUGACAAUUACGGUGUCAGAUCUCAGUGUUAACAAUCAAUCUCAUUAUAGUAAUGGGCUCUUAAUUUAAUUUUAAAAGUUGUGUUUGUUUAGAAAGUAUUUGUCUAGAUCUGUGUUUAGCUGUGUUAAGAACUCCUAAUUCUCAAUUAUUGCCUUGAGACUAGAGUUCUGUGCUUCUGAAGAACUUUCUUUGCAAAGCUUUAAGUGAAGAGCUUUCAAAGGAAGUUCUGUAAUGCACUUAGUAAUCCUGUAGCUCUUAGUUAAAAUCAAGCUUUUCAAUUCUGUCUCCUCCAAAGGCAGGAUUAUUUCCUGAAAUUUGUGCUUUUAUUUAGUGUCAUUCAGAAUGAUUGUUGUGUUUUAUCUUAUCCAUUGAGAAACUGUUGCAAAACAAACAUGGAUCUCAAUUAAAAUUCCCAACAAUUUGAUUAA